UAUGAUGGCUUGCGAAAACACUUAAAAUGUUUACUUUCAUUUUUAAGUCAUUUAAGCUUGUAGAUAUAUUUAAAGGACAUUAGUUUAAUACUUUUACAUUAACUUAGUUAUUCUUAUUUCGUGAAAUAAUGAGUGGACAGACUGUUAAAGUGCCAAAAUGUUACCAAACGCGACGAAUUACCCUGUCUGCUUGUCAUAGGCUUCACAGUCCUCAUUUGACCGAUGAAGAAAAUAAACAAGUAUUUGGAAAAUGUAAUCACGUGAACGGGCAUGGCCAUAAUUAUAUAGUCAAAGUUACCCUGUUUGGAGAAAUUGAUCCAAGAACUGGAAUGUUAAUGAAUUUGACAGUCCUAAAAGACUACAUGGAAGAAGCCAUUAUGAAACCGUUGGAUCAUAAAAACAUCGACAAGGAUGUUGAUUAUUUCAAGGAUAAACCGAGCACAACGGAAAAUGUAGCAGUGUACGUCUGGACCAGAAUGAAAGAAGUUAUGGACCAUCCAGAAUGGCUCUACGAAGUCGAAAUAUAUGAAACUGAAAAUAAUAUUGUACGUUAUAGGGGCGACUAAAUGUCAAUGUAUUAUUUUCAAUGUCACUUAUAUGAUAAAGAUAAAUUCGUCUUUCAGAGAAAGUUACAAACUUAAUAUGUUUUGUAAGAUGGUUUUGUAUUGUUACUAAGAAAUUUAAAAAUAAAUAAUUAUUAUUAAUAUUAA